AAGACACAGAGAAAGACAGAGAGAACGGGGGAGAGAGAGUGAGAAACUGUCGUCUUCUCUGCAGGGCAGGAAAGGAAGCGCUGUACCACUUUAAUCGCGGGUUGUUAAAUCUUUAGUUUCCUAGAGGAACGGAAAGAAACAGGGUCCAUAACAGAUCCAUCUGUAAACUUCUCUGAAACUCUAGGAAAUGGCUGAAGUGGUGGAGAGCGAAGGUUUGAUUUUCUAUGUGAACGGGAAAAAGGUGAUGGAACAAAAUGUUGACCCGGAGACAAUGCUUCUUUCAUAUCUACGGGGAAAGUUGAGACUGACUGGGACUAAGUAUGGCUGUGGAGGAGGAGGAUGUGGAGCCUGCACAGUCAUGGUGUCCAGAUACCAACCUCACACCAAGGCCAUUAUCCACUUCUCUGCCAACGCUUGCUUGCUGCCUGUAUGUCAGCUGCAUGGUGCUGCCAUCACUACCGUGGAGGGUAUCGGCAACACUAAGACCAGACUGCACCCUGUGCAGGAGCGUAUAGCAAAGGCGCAUGGUUCUCAGUGUGGUUUCUGUACUCCGGGCAUGGUUAUGUCAAUGUACACACUGCUGAGAAACCAGCCUCAACCCACCAUGGAGGACAUUAUGGACAACCUCGCAGGCAACCUCUGUAGAUGCACUGGCUAUCGUCCUAUUGUUGAUGGUUACAAGACCUUCUGUGAGAGUGAAAACUGUUGCCAAGUGAAUGGGAGUUGUUGCCAAGUCAAUGGGACUGGUCACUCAGACCAUCUGGAGCUGUUCAGUAAAGAGGAAUUUCUCCCUCUGGACCCAACCCAAGAGCUCAUUUUCCCUCCAGAGCUUAUUCUGAUGGCAGAGUCUCAGGUUCAGCGGUCUCAGGUGUUCUGUGGGGAGAGAAUGACCUGGAUCUCCCCUGUGUCUCUGGAGGAGCUCAUUCAGCUAAAGCACAAACAUCCUCAAGCCCCCAUUGCCAUUGGCAACACUAAUAUCGGUUUGGAUAUCAAGUUCAAAGGUGUCGUUCAUCCGGUAAUAAUCUCCCCUACCGGUGUGUCAGAGCUGUUUGAGGUUAAGGAAACACCAGAAGGCGUGAGAAUAGGAGCAGGCUGCAGUAUCACUGCAGUGAAGGAUCUGAUGGAGCGACUGGUGAGAGAUUGUCCAGCAGAACACACAGAGACAUUCAGGGCCCUUCUGCAGCAGCUGCGAAAUCUUGGAGGCCAGCAGAUUCGCAAUGUAGCCUCCAUAGGAGGUAACAUUGUCAGUGCCUAUCCAAACUCUGACCUGAACCCUGUUCUGGCUGCUGGGAGAUGCAUGCUUCAGGUUGUGUCAGAAGGAGGUAGACACGAGAUUCCUCUGAAUCAGGAUUUCUUUGUCGGGUUUGGAAAGACAGCUCUGAAACCGGACGAGAUUCUGCUCUCUAUCUUUAUCCCCAUUUCACGAAAGUGGGAGGUUGUGAGGGCUUUUCGGCACGCCCCUCGUAAAGAGAACGCUCUGGCCACGGUCAAUGCGGGGAUGAGGGUGAUGUUCUCUGAGGGCUCCACUCAAGUGAAGGAGCUCAGCAUCUAUUACGGUGGUGUAGGUCCUUCCACCGUCUGUGCUAGCAAGACAUGUCAGCAGCUCAUUGGCAGACACUGGGAUGACGACACACUGAGUGGAGCGUACAGGACUCUGGUUGAUGAGAUAUCUCUGGCGCCCUCGGCCCCUGGUGGGAAAGUGACCUUCCGCAGGUCUUUGACUCUCAGUCUGCUAUUUAAGUUCCACCUCCACGUACUGCAGUACCUCAGGGCCAUGAAUGUGAUACAGGAGGGCCUGCCGAUGAAGACGGCUAGCGCUCUGCAGCCUCUGCCGAGAAAAAUCCAGCCCAGUUCCCAGGAAUUCCAGGCCGUGCCGGCGGAUCAGCCAGGUCAUGAUCCCGUGGGCAGACCUCUGAUGCAUCACAACGCGCUGAGUCAUGCUUCUGGUGAAGCCGUGUACUGCGAUGACAUCCCCAAAAGCGAUGGAGAACUCUUCCUAGUGCUGGUCACCAGCUCCAAAGCCCACGCCAAGAUCACUAACAUUGAUGUGAGUGAAGCUCUGAAGAUUCCCGGGGUUGUGGAUGUGAUCACACACAAAGACAUUCCUGGAAAAAAAUGCAGGACCUUCAGUGGUUAUGAUGAGGAACUACUGGCAGACAGUGAGGUAACCUGUGUGGGGCAGAUGAUUUGUGGUGUGGUCGCAGACACUAAAGCGCAUGCCAAACGCGGCGCGGCUGCGAUAAAGGUCACCUACGAAGACCUGGCUGAUGGCAUCUUCACGGUGGAGGAAGCCAUUGAAAAAAGCUCUUACUUUGAGCCUAGACGGGUCCUUGGGAGAGGAGAUGUGACCACAGCUUUUGAAUCUGUCGACCACGUACACGAGGGAGAGCUCAGGAUUGGGGGACAGGAACAUUUCUACAUGGAGACACAAACCAUGCUGGUCAUUCCUGUGGGAGAACAGAAGGAGAUGAAGGUCUAUCUGUCCUGUCAGCACCCAUCUUUUGCACAGGAGUCCAUUGCUGAGACGCUGAACAUCCCAUCCAAUCGUGUGUCGUGCCAUGUAAAGAGGAUUGGUGGAGCUUUUGGCGGGAAAGUGACUAAAACCACUGUCCUGGCUUCCAUAACUGCUGUAGCUGCGUGGAAGACUGAGAGGGCAGUGCGCCUGGUUCUGGAGAGAGGCGAGGACAUGUUGAUCAGCGGAGCCCGCCACCCAGUGAUGGCAAAGUAUAAGGUUGGCUUUAAUAAUGAUGGUAGGAUACUUGCUGCAGAUCUGCAGUUCUACGCUAAUGCGGGAAACACAGCUGAUGAAUCUGUCCUGGUUGCUGAGAAGAUAAUUAUCCAUCUGGAUAAUGCCUAUAACAUUCCCCACUUACGAGGCCGCACCGCUGCUUGCAAGACCAACCUGCCCUCUAACACGGCCUUCCGGGGGUUCGGAGUGCCACAGGGCUUGUGGACUUUAGAGGGCAUGAUCACUGAUGUGGCCAUGAAGUUGGGCCGCUUGCCUGAGGAGGUUAGCCUCAGGGUGCAUUUUGUGCUGCUUUUACAGAUCCGUGAGAUAAACCUGUAUAAGGGGGUGAGUCUGACACACUAUAAGAUGGAGUUUGAUGCUGAAAACCUCACUCGCUGUUGGAACGAAUGCAAAGAGAGAUCUGAGUAUGAGAGACGUCGCCAAGACAUCGCCCAGUUCAACCAGCAAAACCAGUGGAGGAAGAGAGGCAUUGCCAUUAUACCCAUUAAAUAUGGCAUUGGAUUUGCAGAAGCGUUUCUCAAUCAGGCUGCAGCUCUGGUACACAUCUAUAAGGACGGUUCAGUUCUUGUGAGUCAUGGAGGUAUCGAGAUGGGCCAGGGAGUGCACACUAAGAUCCAGCAGGUGGCGAGUCGAGAGCUAAACAUCCCCAUCUCUCGGAUCCAUGUGACGGAGACCAGCACCUCUUCUGUUCCCAACACCUGCCCCUCUGCUGCCUCCUUUGGCACCGAUGCCAAUGGGAUGGCAGUCAAGAAUGCUUGUGAAAUUCUGUUCAAAAGACUGGAGCCAAUCAGGAAGAAGAACCCCAAUGGAACCUGGGAGAGCUGGAUUUCUGCUGCAUUCCUUGAGAGGAUCAGUCUGUCUGCCACUGGAUUUUACAGGGGUCACGACCUGUUCAUUGACUGGGAAAAACAGGAGGGGCAGCCAUAUGCCUAUUUCACCUACGCUGUGUGCUGUAGUGAAGUGGAAGUUGACUGUCUAACUGGAGAAUACAGGACGGUUAGGACAGACAUUGUGGCAGAUAUUGGCCGAAGUAUAAACCCAUCUGUCGACAUUGGCCAGAUCGAGGGAGCCUUUGUGCAGGGCAUGGGUCUGUAUACGACAGAGGAGCUGAAGUUCUCUCCGUCUGGUGUGCUGUACACUCGUGGCCCGGGACAGUAUAAGAUCCCUGGCAUCUGUGACAUCCCUCUGAAGUUUAACGUCUACCUGCUGUCUGGCUCCAACAACCCCCAUGCCAUCUACUCCUCCAAGGGUCUGGGUGAACCCGUUGUGUUUCUGGGUAGCUCUGUGUUCUAUGCCAUUAAAGACGCGGUGACUGCAGCACGGAAAGAUGCGGGUCUGAGUGGGCCGUUUACUCUAAACAGCCCUGCCACCCCUGAGAGGACCUGCCUAGCCUGCUCCUCACGCUUCACAAGAAUGAUUCCAGAAAGCCAGCCCGGAACUUUCCAGCCAUGGGCUCUGGAUAUCUAAGCAGUGCCUGUAUUUGUAUGUAUGGUAAAGCAUCCUUGGCGAUCCAGAGAUAAUUAUGACUGCCUUUCUGAACGCCCUCUGUUGACCCAGAAUAACCUGCUUAAACAUGGCUCUUGAUCGUAGUGCAGCUCAGUCAAAUCAAUCUCAGUGUUUGUCUUUUCAAAAUGAAUUUGCAUGAUCUUAAGUGAUUACGUGAACGUACCACGACUGCAUGACCGUGAAAUUACUGUAAGACGUAUGAAUUCUUUUGGAGUAAUAAUGAUUAUGUGUCUUAAAUGUCAGAGAUGUUUUAGAGCAUGUAAGAGAUGUUUGGAGAAUGUAAGGGGUGUUUUUGUACUGUUCGCUUACUGUGGUAUAUUUGAAUUACAAAGCAUUACAAUGAUCACACUAUCAGUUUGCAUUCUGUAUGAAAAACUCACUAAAUUCUGUCAUUCCAAACAGUAGUCACACUACUAACAAUGUGAAAAUGAUAUUCUGUCUGUAUUGAUAAUAAAUCAUAAAAUAAAGCAUUUUGAAAUAAAAAAGCAAAGUGUGAGCUACAGGGCAAG